AUGUCUGCUUAUGACAUUAUUGCACUUGCUGCGGUUACGCUCGCAACUCUCCUAGUCUUCCUUCAUGGCCGUUCGACAGAUCCACCUCCUCCUUGCCCUCCUGGAAUCCCGGUGUUCGGCAACUUGUUCCAAGUCGACGCGCUACGCCCGCACCCCCAGUUUCUCAAAUGGGCACAGAAGUAUGGCUCAAUCUUCUCUCUCAAGCUUGGGCCGCAACGCAUGAUCGUCCUCAACACGGCAGCGGCAGCUGACGAGCUGCUCGUGAACCGCAGCAAGGUGUAUUCGAGCCGUCCCUCACUGCAUGUUGCCCAGGAUCUCGUAAGCGACGGACAAAGGAUGGUCUUCAUGCCAUACGAUCGCGAGUGGAAGGUCACUAGAAGGAACCUACAAGGUGUCAUCGGUCCGGGACCUUCCAAGCGCCUGCGCGAGAUGCAAGAACUAGAGUCGCGGGUGGUUUUGUAUGAUCUGAUCUGUCAUGGGGAUCAGAGCAUAACAGAGGUGCACGUACCCGGCCCGAACGGUGAGGUCCCUGAGAGGCAUUGGUUCUCUGUGAUCAGACGAUACACGACCAGUGUUGUUAUGCACCUCGCGUACGGUAAACGCGUCCAUAGGAUCCUCAAUAGUCCACAAAUGCGCAAGGUCUACGAUGUCAUGUCCAACUUCACUCGGGUAGCCCAGCCAGGUGCUUAUCUGGCCGAUACUAUUCGCCCCUUACGUUGGUUGCCCGGUAUCCUCGCACCGUGGCGAAUGAAGGCCCUCAAGAUGCACGAAUGGGAGAUGGAGCUUUGGGGUGGUCUCCUCUCUGAAUGCCGCGCAUCGCUCAAAAAGGGCAUUUACCAUUCAGGUUUCGUGCCUUCUUACUUGCGCGCACGCGCCGAAGUGGGAUGCGAGGAUCUUCCAGGGACGGGCGUCACUCCAGAUGGCACCGGUUGGAUGCGCGACAAACUACUCGCGUACACCGCGGGCUCGCUGCUCGAGGCAGGAUCGGACACGACUGCCGCCACGAUUCAGACAUUCAUGCUACUUAUGCUGCACCACCCCGACGCGCUAGCGCGCGCCAGAGAGGAGCUGGACCGCGUGGUGGGUGUAGAGCGCAUGCCUGGAUGGGAUGACGAGGAGCGACUCCCAUGGGUCAUUGCAUGUAUCAAGGAGACAUUGAGACGAAGACCGCCCACAAUUAUGGGGAUGCCCCAUAGGGUGGAUGAAGACGAUGUCUAUGAGGGUUACCACAUCCCGAAAGGCUCGACCGUGAUCGGAAACAUCUGGGCUAUUCACAUGGAUCCCGUCCGUUACCGCAAUCCCGCAGCCUUUGAUCCGGAGCGGUUUUAUGACAAGGACAAGAUGCCCAAAUGGGCGAGCGGGCCGGAUUCUAGCCACCGCGAUCACUAUGCAUUCGGAUGGGGGCGGCGCUUCUGCCAGGGCAGCCUUAUGGCCGAAGCCUCGCUCUUCAUUGUUCUUUCGCGCCUCAUAUGGGGCAUCGACUUCUAUGCACCUUUAGACCCUCGCACGGACAAGCCUAUGCUUCCCGACUUCGGUGAUGAGGUACAGACCUGGAGCGGUGGCUUCGUCAGCUCUCCUUUUAUCUUCCCUGUGGGCUUCCGCCCACGUUCGGAGAAGCAUGCAGAGAUCAUGAGAACAGCGUUCGACGAUGUACAAGGCGAAUGGCAGGCUAUGGGCCUUGAAGAAGAUGAGCGUUAG